AUGAUUCGAAAUAAACAUUUUACAUAUCGUCAUAAUUUUCUUGUUAAUCCACAUGAAUCUAUGCAUCGAUUGAUGAUACCAUCAAUAUCAGAUUGGAUUUAUGAACAAAAACAACAAUCUUGGUCAAUUCAUCAAUCAUCUGAACAACGAAGUUUUCAUUUACCUUUUCUUCAUCAUCCAUAUACUUUACAAACUACAUCAUUAUCAUUGAAAUCAUCACCUGAUGAAUCAAUCUCUCCAAUAUUAAAUUCAUCGAUUAGCCCAAGAAAACCUUUUCAAUCAAUUUCUCCAAAACAAUCAAUUGCUGAUAAAAAUAAAUCAUCUGUAUUAAAUUUUUCAAUUGAAAGAAUUUUAGGUGAAAAUAGAGCAUCAGUAUCACCACCAAUUGUAAUUCAUCGUCGUGGACAUAAAUCUUUACCAUAUCCGUUACGAAAAGAAAAUGGAAAAAUUAUUUAUGAAUGUGUACAAUGUUAUAAAACAUUUAGUCAAUUAUCAAAUCUUAAAGUACAUUUAAGAACACAUACAAAUGAAAGACCAUUUACAUGUACGCAGUGUCCAAAAUCAUUUACACAAUAUGCUCAUCUUCAAAAACAUACACUUGUUCAUUCAGGUGAACGACCAUAUUCAUGUUUAUAUUGUUCAAAACGAUUUUCAUCAACAUCAAAUUUAAAAACACAUCUUCGUUUACAUACAGGUGAUAAACCAUAUCUAUGUCCAAAUAAUACAUGUUCAGCACGGUUUACUCAAUUAGUUCAUUUAAAAUUACAUAUAAAAACUCAUUUAGAUGAACAACCUAUAGCAUCAACAUCGAAUAAUAAUAUAACAUUUAAUUCAAUCUUGUAA